GAAUUGGCAAUUUUGUCUAUAACAAACACUGAUACCACAGCCUUUAUCACCAUAAAAUAUUAAUGCUAUUGAAUUUUGCAAUGGUAUAUCAAUAAGAACACCCAGUCAGGGAAGCCAUUCGAAACGAUGUAACCUUAUUUCACGAUAAACCAGUUGAUGUUCAUAUAUACCCUGGUCUCCCACAUGACCUCUUUCCACAGAAUAACAUUUAAAUGCCAUCCUCUUAAAUCUAGGACUACUGAAGAGGAAAUAAAAUGAAGGGCAACAGAAGCUGCUGUGCAUUACCUUCCAACUCCAAAAUAUCUGGGAUUAAAGAAAGUACUAUUUUCUAUGAUAUAACAAUAUGUAGUUUACUAAAAUUCAACCACCAUUUCAGAGGAGCAUGUCACCUUGAGCUUUCAGAAUCAAAGAGUAAACUGAACAAAAAAUCAGUCAGAAUGCAAGGGACAAACAGAGGCUUUUACUUGGCUGAUUCUUUGACUCUGAAGAUGGAGGCAAUAUGUUCUUCCAAAAUACAUCAUACAUGUAUCAUUCAACUUUCAAUACGAGUAGCCUGCAAGGCAUAUCCCAGCACAGUACUCUUCAUAACCACUACUGUGAGCUCAAAUCAUGUCUGACAUUAAUUUGAAAACAUGCAAAUUUAGUUUUAUCAGAUGUGAUUGGUCAGAACAUCCUAACAAACUAUUCAAUAUUCAUCUUCAUGUUAUCAGCCAAUCUCUUUCUUGUCCCUUAAAGUGGAUGCUAUACAGUCUCCCCACAAAAUGUUAAGUACUUUUUGUACUCCCUAUCUAACCUACAGAUCCAGCUCAUCACACUCAUGUCAUUUUUCCUAUGCUGACAAUAUUAGUUAAACUGUACCACUCAUGAAGUUCAUUAAAUUAUCUACUUAGUUGAGUCAUGCACAGUUAAAACAUUUUGCCUGAAUGCAGCUGCUGAGUAUGUUUGUAUAUAAAUCUAAAAAUCUUUUACUGUAAAAUAUUUAUUCAUUAUAAAUUGUACAAACAUUUAGGCAGGAGAAUCCAUAAAAAGGUCUGACCUCUAAAGGGUGAACUGUCAAUAUGAGUGAACCACACAUGGAUGUACUCAGACCUCAGGCUUGACGUAGUACUACUAGCAUGUUAUGUAGUGUUAUGUAGGAUACUGUGCUGUGUUAACUGCUUCCUCCAUACUACAGAAUGGUGGUCCAUUCUGUAACACUUUUUUAAACAUUUCAGGGCUAUGUGGAGAAGUGAAGUGUGAUAUAUGGAAACAAAUGAAGAGCAGAGAACUCUGGUUAAUGUCGACAAAACAAUUUAUGUCACACAAAUGUGGCAGACCCACAUCAUCACAAGUUCUGACAUCUUACUUGAAGCAGUGCAAUGAACCACCUUGGACAUCUUACUUUGUCAAGUACAGCAGUGUUCUAGAUGACCAACGAGGUUGGUCUCACUUCAACUGGCCUGUCAGCAGCACCAAUUAUCAUAUCCUGCGGACAGGCUGUUACCCUUACAUAAAGUAUCACUGUUCACGCAGACCUCAUCAAGACCUAACACUCGAUGACAGAUUCUUCCGCUUCAUAAAACUGAUUAACUUAGGAAUCCCUUGCUUGGCAUAUGGAGUUGCAGCCACCAUGUUGAUCCAACACAAAGAGCUUGUGCAAACGCCUUGUGGGGAUGUCUUCGUGUACUUCCUAUACAAGGAGGACAAGGGAUCCAAAUACUGAGGGAAUAAAUUCACAGUCCCUUCAUC